CCUCUUUCGUGUGUAGUUGCAUCAUGUCUCAACGUCUUUACAGCAAGGGCCGUGUCCUCGGUUACGAGCGUGCAAAGCGCGCCCAGAACCCCAACACCUCUUUGAUCCAGGUCGAAGGUGUCCAGACCACCAAGGACGCUCAGUUCUACCUCGGCAAGCGUAUUGCCUACGUUUACCGUGCCCAGCGUGAAGUCAACGGUUCCAAGGUCCGUGUGAUCUGGGGUCGUAUUGCCCGCACUCACGGUUCCAACGGUGUCGUCAAGGCCCGUUUCCGCAAGAACUUGCCUCCCAAGGUUUUUGGCGCUAGCGUCCGCAUCAUGCUUUAUCCCUCCAACGUCUAAAUAACAUAAAAGAGUGAAAUGUGUACAUUUACAAGGGAUUGUCUUUUUUUCAAAUCUUUCUUUACGUUUGUGUAUGCGUAUUAUCAUUUUAUAUAUAUAAUUCUUGGUCCUACAAUAAAGUCUACUGCAACCACAAGU